UUUAGUAAAAUAAAAUCAUGGCACGCCGCACUAAUUUUAUUGAUGGCAGCGACAGUUUUCGCGAGCAGAAUCUACGUUUUGUUCGGAAUGAAUUUGAGGAUAAUGUUAACCAGUUCUUUGGGGGCGCCAACCCAUCUGGCAAUAUACAGCAGCAGCAGCAGGCGCCACCGCGGGACGCUUUGAUUGUGCAACCCACACCAGACGGCAAUGAGCUGGACAGUCGUCGCCAGUUCCUGCGCCAGUUGGGCGCCAGUCCGGCAGUGGCACACGCCCUGGCCAUGCGCACCCUAGAGGUGCCCAAUUUCGAUCUACGCCACUUCCAGCGGCGCCGCUAUCGCUUGAGCGUCGAACUGGGCGACCGACAGUCACAGCCCGAAAUUGAUGCCGUUGUGCUUCAGUCGAUCGGCACUCUGGUGGAGAAGUCCGAACAGAAUCGAAUCCAGAGUCGUCCACGUCCACGCACACCGUCGCCGCCGCGCAACAUCAACUGGCACAACAAUCGCGACAUAUCGCCGCAGCAGAUUGAACGAUCACGUCCACGCACACGAGAUGUCGAUGAUAAUAUUCGGGGCCGUCCCAGGGGCGCACCAGGUCUCAGGGAGAUCCUUCCAUCAGGCCCAAUAGAGGCUGGCCCACCCCCAGGUCGCAGGAAUGAUGUGCCACCGGCAGGCCGCCGGGAUGACAAUUUCCCGCCAGGGCGCAGAGAUGUUGCUCCACAAGGACGCAGGAAUGAUAGUCCACCGGUUCCACAUGGUCGCAGGAAUGAUUGUCCACCUUCUCCAAGAAUAAACGUUCCACAAGGUCGCAGGAAUAAUGUAUCACCAGGACGCAGAGAUGCUGUUCCUUUUGGUCCUAGGGACAAUAUUUCACCAGCUCGCAGGGGUGGUCACAGAGAUGCUAUUCCAUCUGCAAAUACACCAAUAGUACGCCGCAAUGAAGCCCAACCUGGACGCAGAGAAGCUGUUCCUUCUGGUACCAGAAAUGAUGUUCAACCCGGUCCCAGAGAGAAUGUUCCACAAGGUCGCAGAGAUGCUGCUCCUUCGGGGCCCAGAGACAACGUUCCAGCAGCACGCAGGAAUAAUCGCAGCGACGCUGUUCCACCUGCUCACAGAGAUAUUGUACCACCAACACGCCGGAAUGCUUCUGGUGCCAGAGAGAAUGUACCAUCGGGGCGCAGAGCACCACCAGGUCCCGGCGCGGCAAUCCCAACAGUUCCCAUGGACUCAAUACCUCCUCGUGGCCAGCCGAUUGCUGCAGCAGGUCCCAGAAAGACUGUACCGCCAGUUCACAUUGACCCUGUCCCACAAGUAGGCCGGAAGCAGGUUGUUCCACAAGGUCCCAGUGCGGUACUGCCACCAGUACGCGGAAAACCUGGCCCACACGGCCGCGUAGAGCCUGUCGCAGGUCGCGGCCCUCCAAGUCCCGGAAAACCUGCUGGUCCCCCAGUUCGCGGAAAGAAUAAUCCCCCCAAUCGCAGGAACAAUAGUGCAGGCCCACCCGGUCGCGUAGAGCCUGUCACAGGUCGCCUGGCACAUGUGCCUCCAGGUCGUAGGCAGCCAGGCCCACCCGGACGUCGGGACAACAGUCAAGGAUUUGUCGAACGUAUAGAUCUGACGGAGAUGUCCAGCCAUGUGUGCAGUCCCCCCCACUUCGACGGCGCUCGCAAUGAUUCCUAUCCGAAUAAUCACCCAGAUCGCUUUCCGAACAAUCGUAAUGAGAAUUUUGAGAUCAACAAUCGUGGCAUGGAUGCAGAGUUUUGCGGCCAGCCGGACUUCAAUGAUCCACGCUUCAACGACGCCAAUCGCGGACCUGGCCCUGAUGCCUUUUUGGUCAACCAACGUCAGAACAUCGAUCGCGACGACGACUUUCAGCGCCAGCAGCAUGGCUUUGAUCGUCCACAGGGGCCACCCAUUUUUAUGGGCAAUCCAAACACAGAAGUUUGCGAUUCUGAGCCCAACUUUGGGGGACAGCAACAGCAGUCAAGACAAAUGGGGGGACGCCCCCAAAUUGGGAACAACUACCAGCGUUUUUUCCACAACGAUCAAGUAACGAUUCUACGUACGGAUUUGGUCGAUCACAACGAACGCAAUUUCGAUGGCAACUUUUGCGAUCGUAGUCCAGAUAACUUUGGUCCGAAUGAUCGCCGCUUUGAGGGCAACUGUCGUGAUCUUGGGGAUGCUCCACGUUUCAACGAUGACAGAGAUGGCCGGCAGUUUAUGGACGAAGAACGAAUUCGUGGACAGCAGCAGGCGGAUAAUUUUGGACGUCCACAGGAACAGCGGAACGAAAAUUGGCGUUUCUACAACAGCGAGCCGGAGCGCUCUCAUCACUUUGAUCGCAGCUUAGAGCGCAACGAUCCGAACAACAGAGAUCUGCGUUUCAAUUUGAACAACGAUCCGAACAACAGAGAGCUUCGUUUCAAUUUGAACAACGAUGAUCGUAAUGCACACGGACGCGAUCGUAUUGAUCGUAUCGAUCGUAAUGAUCGCUUCGUUGACGACGACAAUUGUCGUGAUCAGAUGAUGUUUAAUGACUCUGGACCUGGACCCUUUCAAUCCAAUCAAAUUCAGUUCGGUGGCGAUCACCGCUUUGAGAACGAUGGCGACUUCGAUCAGCAGCGGCGCCAGUUUGAUGGCGAUUUCAAUCAGAUUCCACAGCGAGAGUUUGACAGUUUCCGUGACGAUUUCCAACCAAAUCAUUAUCAAGUCAAUGUUGAUAUCGACUAUCAAGACAGAGGAGACCAACGUCGUCCUAUGGAUCGUCGUAAUGAUCGCUCUGGCAGUGGUUACCGCAACCCAAAUGCUCACAAUCAAGAACGCAACACAGCCAGGAAUGCAAACCGUUCCAAUCAACCACGAGAGGCUACGCGGAAUGCCAAUGUUGGCGGUUCCCAUGAAAACCGAACAAAUUCAUCCGCAGAUCGUGCCGCAAAGCCACCAAGAAAUUCAAACCCUGUAGCCAGAAGUGGCAGAUCAACCGCUGGUCCAAAUCCAAAUCCGAAUCAGAAAAAACCAAAUCAAUCAACCAUACCAGUCAAAGGUGGAAACCCUGUGGGCAAGAACACUUUGGCUGGCCCAAACCAGGAGGCCACGACAGUCAGGAAUCUGGCCAAUCCUGGUGGUGUCCCGAAGCCAGCAGCCGCCGCCACUCCAGGGGCCAGGAAAUUGCCGGGCAAGCCGCCAGAGGCAAACCCUCGUGCUGGACAAAAGCGCACCGCUGAGGAAGCGCUGCCCGUUGGUGGCGAGGUCAAGCGACGCAAAGUCAUCAAGGGUAAGCGUUUCCUUAUCGGCGGCAGAAAGCUGCCCUAUGUCGCAUUCGAUCAAGUGUUGCCGCAGGAGGAGGCGGAGUCCUAUGCUGUGACCUUCUUCGAGCAAACACCCAACUACAACACGAACGUCUAUGCCAACGAGGAUGGCAAAGUUGUGCAGGGCCACGAGGACGAUGAUAGCUCGGACACCGAUUCACUGGAGUUGCCCGAAAACACAAGAGGCGGGGGCAGGCAAUAUGGUAAAAAACAAAAACUCAAUCGGAUGCGCAAGGAAUGGACCGCUUUGUAUCGUACGAAGAGCUACAAAGACUGGGACUGCUGGUGGACGGAUUACAAGUGGUGUGGGAACGAGAUCAACAAAGUGCUGGAGAAAUUCGAGAACCGGAAUCUGCAGCAUCGCUUCAUACCAAUCUACAAAAGAUACACCACCGAGCAAGUGGUCAACACGGUCUUAAAAUUGGGACACGUGGCACUGGAGAAGAACACAUUCAAUGUGCAGCGCAACAUGCGGGCCAUUUUCUUGCUGAUGGACAGUACUUUCCUCCAAAAUCUAAAGAUGGAGAAUAUUGAGCAGCUGGAGAACUUGAUACGGCGUGUGCCCAACCAUUUGUGGCUGUACAAGCUCCGUAGCAUGGUCUAUAUGUGGUCGAAAUAUCAUGAAAUCUUGAAGGACCCUCCAAAAACUUUAAGAAAAGCAAUACACAAUGCAUAUGCCAGAAAAUGGAAGACACCCAUGUUCCACUGGCUGGCCAAGCAGGCCUUUGAUGAGCUCCACGCAAUCAGUGAAAUCUCUUGGCCGGAUCAUAAUCGUCUCUAUCCGGGCAUAAAGAAGCCAAUGAAGAAAUAAACGAUAUGGCAGAUACCCCUAUCCUUUAAAAUGCACAUAGAUUUUUAUAUACUCGUAGAAUCGAUUUGUAAAUUGAAUUAGAACUGAAUAAAAAUUCCCCUCCACCUUGACUCAUGUGCAGUGUGCAUACCAAAUAACCAAUAACCAAUAGAUAAUAUCUGUAAU